CCCCGGGCUUCUGCAGCGCUCCGUGCGGCGCGCAACGGAACUGGAAUCCCGGCUGAGCUGGCGCAGCAGCUUCAGUUGCGUCCCAGCCGCCAACGCUUAAACAACGUUGGAACCGAAUCAGUUUUGCAGAACGAAUAGAAGAGGACGAGACGAAAGCACAUAAAACUACGCUGGUGAUCCAGAAAGCAGCUGGUAAUGACGGUGCGAACCCAGGCAAACACGAUGAUACUGGCAGACUGCUGCUGCGGCUGCUCACUGCGCACGGGAACCAUCCUCAUAGCGCUCUGGUACCUGGCAGCCAGCCUGGUGCAGCUGGCGACAAUGGCGUACCGGCUACACACAGGGGACUACAUGGGUGGAGCCAACGACCAGACGCUGCAGCGCAUGUUCAGCAGUGACUCCAACUCGCUGCUGCCGCACCCCUACGUGGACACCGUCGAGAUCAUGUAUACAUUCUCGCUUCUGAUCACCAGCAUCGUACUGAACGUAAUAGAGGCUCUGGCUUGUGCUAUGCUUCUGUAUGAUGGAAUAAAGGAAACUAUCAGAUUUGCGCUACUAUGGGUGAUCAUCAAGGCCAUAGUUACUUGUUUGAGCUCACUGGUGAUGGUUCAGAUGUCUACUGCAUUUUUAUCAGAUGAUGAAUUCUAUCUCCCUGGUAUCAUUGGACUUCUGAUAUGCGGUAUAUUUAUGGCAAUCAGUGCUUAUUUCAUCCUGGUUGUCUACAGUUUCUAUAGAGGUCUGCGACAGAAGCUUGCACCCAAAGUGCAUAUUGUGAAGAAAGGUAACACAGUAAACAAGCAAAAAUCUAAUGGCGCAAAAAUGAAUGGUGCUGCAAAUGCCAGGCCUCCGAUUCAAGAGGGCGAGAAGAAAUAUGCUAAUGUGAGCGAAGCUUAAUCAACACGUACUACCUGUGAAUGUUUACGCUAAUCUAUUUCUUCAACUACAUCUGAAUGUCGAUAUUAUUGUCAAAAAGGAAUUCUUAUGUGUCCAGUUAAUUCACAUGUAAAUUGUUGACAUUAAGGAGACUGUCUGUUAGAGGGAGGUCAUGGUAUGCAGUCAGAAAUGGGAGAACUAUUAAAGAUAAUAGUAAAACUGCUGAUGGUGGAUUUGAAACAAUCUGUUCCAAAUAAUGAAUAACAUACAUUACACUUAGAAGAGGAAACCCGUGAGAAAAGUUUCCUGGUUAUGACUUGUAAUAUCUAAAAAGUUUUACUAUCUUCACAGCUGCAACCCCCCAUGAAGUAAAAUGUAAUACAGUUCCAGAUGCUACAUGAAAUGGUUGUUGACUAUCCAUUAACCUGACGGGAUAGUAGAUGUGUUGUCUUCAUAAUUCUCGCCUCAUAAAAGACCACUGAAUUUCUUCUUAAAGAAGGACUGUGAGUCCAUAACCACUGUCAUAUUAUCCAUUACGGUAUGUUUACCAAAGUGUGACAGUACUGGUAUCUCUGUAAUUUCAGAUGUGGUCUUAUAAUUGCCAGUGACUGUCAAGAAAAUUGUUAUGAUGUAUGAUGGCAAUGUCACAUAUUUAAUUUGGGAAUGUUCAUUCUAUAACAAAACAAAAACAAGUACUAACAUGCUCUUUGCGUUUGGUGUUAUUGAAUAAUUUAGUUUUCUGAAACAUUCAGUCAGAGUCUUCCUAAGUUAAAAUUGAGCGUAAUCCAAUACGAAAAACCAUGUGUUUUCAUAGAUGAUAGAGGCACAUGAAAAAGUGCGAUAUUUACAUUGUAUUUUCGACGUGGGUUAGAUAUAGCCUAAAUAACAUGUAGUUAAAAAUACUGCAGGAAGUAUACAUUUAUUUUGCCAAAAUAACCAGUGGAAGUUCAUUAACACAUCCACUGGACAUAAAUGAAAUGAUCUGCUUCCAAUCACGAAAAACUUUCCCACUGUUUUCAUUCAUUAAAAAAAAUUAACUGUGACUGUGUGUUGCAGUCGUGGUGUAUAAGCAGUUUCAAUCAGUUAUUACAGAAAUUGUCAUACCACUUAGUAAUCAAUGUAUGCAGUGAAAAAUAAGUAAAAGAACACUUAGAAUUUAUUUUUAUCUGAAAAGGUUUAUACUCCAUGUCUCCUACAUUGCAUCACUGGAUCUCAUAUAAGCAAGCACGAGACUCAAACUACUUAAGACAAAUAUUUUAAAACAAUUGUUGGUAUGUUUAAAUAUUCCAACUACACACUCUUCACAAACACUUGAUUUCAUGUAUCUCUCCAUGCUGGGCACUGACCAAAUUAUUUUUGAUAUCAGUACAUUUUGAAUGGAACAUUUGUGUUUCUUAAUUUAAAUAUCAUCUCAGUUCCUUAAGUCAUAAAAUUUCUCUCAGAUCCAGAAACACAUUUUCCAUGUCAAGCAAAAUAUGUGAUGUCAUAUAAAAUUCCAAAAGUAUAUUAUUGCAUAAGUGAUACAAUCAGACUUUACAAAGUGGAAGCAAGUCAUUUACACCUUGCUUUGAAUAUUUUUAGCUCUUUGGAGACAUUUAUGUAUACCCUUUAAAACCAAAUGAGAAAUACACACUUAACAACCAUCUAAUACCAUCACCAAUAAAAUAUAAUAGCACAUAUCUGCAGCUUGUCCUGUGUUUUACAGUUGAAGACAUGUUUCUCAUGGGGUAAUAAACAGCACAUAGCAUAAAUCUGACAGAAUGAUGGGAAGAUUAAUGGUAAUGGAUUUAUUUCAAGUGAUCUUACAUAAUCAAUAUGUAGUAAUUAUAUUUCUGUUCAAUUAUUCUGUGUACUUUGUACUGUCAAUGGAAUAUAUUAAUCUUGAUGUCAAGAGAUAAACAUAAUAAACUCUCGAUGUUCACACCUUGCAAUAUGUAUAAAAAUUGUGUGAGUAGCUGGUGUUCUUUGUAGAAGAUAACUGUAAUAUCUUAUAACAGUAUGUAAAAGACACACUACCCUUUGGUGUUAUUUCCUUAUUACUCACUCAGUUACCUGAAACAUGAACUAUUAUUUAUAUCUGCAGCUUGUCCUGUGUUUUACAGUUGAAGACAUGUUUCUCAUGGGGUAAUAAACAGCACAUAGCAUAAAUCUGACAGAGUGAUGGGAAGAUUAAUCGUAAUGGAUUUAUUUCAAGUGAUGUGACAUAAUCAAUAUGUAGUAAUUAUAUUUCUGUUCAAUUAUUCUGUGUGCUCUGUACUGUCAAUGGAAUAUAUUAAUAUUGAUGUCAAGAGAUAAACAUAAUAAACUCUCGAUGUUCACACCUUGCAAUAUGUAUAAAAAUUGUGUGAGUAGCUGGUGUUCUUUGUAGGAGAUAACUGUAAUAUCUUAUAACAGUAUGUAAAAGACACACUACCCUUUGGUGUUAUUUCCUUAUUACUCACUCAGUUACCUAAAACAUGAACUAUUAUUUAUAUCUGCAGCUUGUCCUGUGUUUUACAGUUGAAGACAUGUUUCUCAUGGGGUAAUAAAGAGCACAUAGCAUAAAUCUGACAGAGUGAUUUCAAGUGAUGUGACACAAUCAAUAGGUAGUAAUUAUAUUUCUGUUCAAUUAUUCUGUGUGCUCUGUACUGUCAAUGGAAUAUAUUAAUAUUGAUGUCAAGAGAUAAACAUAAUAAACUCUCGAUGUUCACACCUUGCAAUAUGUAUAAAAAUUGUGUGAGUAGCUGGUGUUCUUUGUAGGAGAUAACUGUAAUAUCUUAUAACAGUAUGUAAAAGACACACUACCCUUUGGUGUUAUUUCCUUAUUACUCACUCAGUUACCUAAAACAUGAACUAUUAUUUAUAUCUGCAGCUUGUUCUGUGUUUUACAGUUGAAGACAUGUUUCUCAUGGGGUAAUAAAGAGCACAUAGCAUAAAUCUGACAGAGUGAUUUCAAGUGAUGUGACACAAUCAAUAGGUAGUAAUUAUAUUUCUGUUCAAUUAUUCUGUGUGCUCUGUACUGUCAAUGGAAUAUAUUAAUAUUGAUGUCAAGAGAUAAACAUAAUAAACUCUCGAUGUUCACACCUUGCAAUAUGUAUAAAAAUUGUGUGAGUAGCUGGUGUUCUUUGUAGGAGAUAACUGUAAUAUCUUAUAACAGUAUGUAAAAGACACACUACCCUCUGGUGUUAUUUCCUUAUUACUCACUCAGUUACCUAAAACAUGAACUAUUAUUUAUGACAAUUUGCCAUCCUUUUUUUACAUGUUUUUAGAGCUAGAUGACCAAGUUCUGGUUGUAUAGAAUUAUCAUAGAUGUUUUAAGAAACUUCAUACAAAUUUCUUAUUCUUUUGCAUAUUUGUUAUGUAAGCCGGAAACUAACUCGACUAGUAUGCAGUUCAUGGACAUGAAUUUCCAUAUGUUCUGUUGUAAUUCAUGAAGCAAGUUUAUUAUGGAGGCAGUGUACUGUUUUGUUUUUCUGAUAACCUACUUCCUUGCAAAUGUGGCUAUAUCUUUCUGUUUGUUCUGUCUGGCUUUAAAAUCAAAUUAUUUUUAUAAUUAUGGUGAUCAUUGGAAUUUGAAACUAUGCUCUAAAGAUUCCCAUAAAUGUACCUGAACUACAGAUUUACUAUUUAAAGUCAAUGUAUGAAGUGUAAAAACAUGUAAUUAACUAGAAUAAUAAAGCAAGGUCAGGUGCUAAUCUAUAAUUUUGAUGCAUUUCAACUAAAUUAUUCUGUUGAUCCAUAUGUUUAAUAUUAUUAAGUUCCCCUAACAUCACAUAGACAAAAGGAAAUUACGAAAAGCUCAGUAUGUUCUACAUAACAGAGACUUAUAUUUGGAGGUCAUCCAAUUGCGUGUGUUAACUUUAUGAAUAGUGCUUUUGUCCUGUGAAGACACUGUCUAAUUUAACACAGGUUUAAUGUUGUAUGUUUAAAGCAUGCUAAUAAAGUAACCUAUUU